GUCCCUGUGCUGAUGUGAGGACCACCUGUGGACCUUCCUCCUGGUCCUCGCCCACUGUGACCCGCUGCCCGGCCAGCACCGUGAGGUUCUGAACCACCUCCCACCAUGUGUGAUAACGGAGACCCAGAGGACAAGCCCCCAGCCCCUCCCGUCAGGGUCACCAGCACCAUCUUUGGCACCGGCGUCAGCAAAGACUCGUUUUCAACCAACCACAGCUCCAAACCACUACCGUCUGUCCCCGAGGAGAGGAAACCUCGCAAAGGCUUUUCUAUCUUCUCAGUGGCUGAAAAAGGGGGUAGGAAGAAAGAUCGAGACAAAGAGCGACCAGAGAUAUCUCCACCUUCAGAUUUUGAACACACCAUACAUGUGGGCUUUGAUGCUGUAACAGGAGAGUUCACGGGUAUGCCAGAGCAAUGGGCUCGACUACUCCAGAAGUCAAACAUCACAAAGUCUGAGCAGAAGAAAAACCCCCAGGCUGUGCUUGAUGUUCUCAAGUUCUUCGACUCUACAGGCAACAGUCGACAGAAGUACCUCAGCUUCUCCUCCUCUGAAAAAGAUAAUUUCACUCCAGGACCUCAGUCCCCUGUUAAAAAAAGCCCUGAACCUUCGUCUCCCAACAUCAAAGACAUUGAUGACGACGAUGAUGAUGAAGCUCCUCCUCCUAUUGUGGCGCCGAGACCAGAACAUACAAAGAGUAUGUACACCCGUUCUGUUGUUGAGCCCAUCCCCGCUCCAAGCACGUGUCCCGAUGGUGACACUGCAUCCAAGAGCGCAGACAGACAGAGGAAGAAGAGCAAGAUGACGGACGAGGAGAUCAUGGACAGACUGAGAACCAUCGUCAGCAUCGGGGAUCCCAAGAAGAAGUACACACGAUAUGAAAAGAUCGGUCAGGGGGCCUCAGGAACAGUGUUUACAGCCAUAGACGUGGCCACAGGACAGGAGGUGGCCAUUAAACAGAUUAAUCUUCAGAAGCAGCCAAAAAAAGAGCUGAUCAUCAAUGAGAUUCUAGUCAUGAAGGAGCUGAAGAACCCCAACAUAGUGAACUUCUUAGACAGCUUCCUGAUGGGGGAGGAGCUGUUCGUGGUCAUGGAGUACCUGGCUGGAGGCUCGCUGACUGACGUGGUGACAGAGACCUGCAUGGACGAAGCUCAGAUAGCUGCUGUCUGCAGAGAGUGUUUACAGGCCCUGGACUUCCUCCAUGCUAACCAGGUCAUCCACAGGGACAUAAAGAGUGACAACGUGCUGCUGGGGAUGGACGGCUCAGUGAAGCUCA